CUUUUUUACUAUGGUAUGUAGUUGGAAUCUUUAACAUAAUAUUUAUUCUAAUCAUCAUCGCUUUCAUUUGAGCCCCUUAUUGGGACCUCUUCGCUCCUCUAUCCGACAGCGCGUUACCUUCCUCAAGAUCUCUUAUCUCCAAAUUCUAAGCUGGUUUUGUAACCUACGCAGCAGCUCUUGCAACUAUGCUAGGUCUUGGAGACUAUGAAAGCAGCAGCGAAGAUGAAGUUAACGACAAGACUUCCCCUCCCACUGAGCGCGCGCCGCAAGAGCAGCCAAGAGAAGGUCUGCAGACAACGGAGAGUCCAGUGAAUCGAGAGGCUCAUAGUGGCCAACAAGGUCUACCGGAGAAGAACCCAAACUCGGAACCUCGGGGUCCUAUUCUUGGGCCAUCUCAUGAAGACACCCAAUCUACAAUAAGCGCCUCGCUCAAUGGACAAACCUCACCGUUCCCACCACCUCGUGCAUUAAUACAUGACUUAACACUCCCCCCGGUGCCGAACCUUGAGAUACCACCGUCUCCGCCGGGAACUCCUCCUCCCGCGGCCAAUGCGAAGUUUUCGCACUUCCUGUCCUUGAAAAGCCGUGGCACCCAUUUCAAUGAAAAGCUGGCCGCGUCAUCUUCACUGAGGAACCCAAGUCUACUCAAGAAACUUAUGGAGCAUGCAGGAAUUGACGACCAAGCGCAGUACUCUACCUCCCUUCCACCCGACUUAUGGUGUAUUUCUGAUCUCCCAGGGUGGGGCUUCAAGGAGGAACUCCUGAAGGCUCAGAAAAAAACCCAGGAUACAGCAGAAAAGAAGCAAGCUGCUGGUCAGAAGGGAACGGUUGACUUUGUGGUUGCAACAGCGACUGAGUGACCCAACAAUCCUACAUACUCAGAGCAGGAGUCCGAGGAACGAGAAAAGUGAAACAUGAUAUAUGUAAGAUAGAUGAAUAAAUAUACCCUCAUGAG